AUGGCCUCUGAUCCGAAUCAAGCUGAUCAAGACACGUCGCGAUUUCGUUGUCUAGCUCCUGGUUUCGAGCAGUUUAAAUUUAAUGAUGAAGGUUUACCAACCAGAACAUCUCACGAACAGAAACAAGUUGAAGACAGCAUUUUGAAAUGUUACAGAAGUUUUAUAACAUCAUUAGAUAUUUACCCUGAUGUUCCCUUCCUUGAGAGAGAGAGCCAUGUUGAAUUCUUACUCAAGGGACUCAAACAGCUGUCAUCAUCUUAUGAGUGCUUGGACUCAAGUCGCCCCUGGCUGUGCUACUGGAUCCUACACAGUCUGGAGCUGUUGGAAGCACCCAUCACUGAAGAUAAGGCUCUACAAAUUGCAGAAUUCCUAGGUCGUUGUCAACACCGCGAUGGAGGUUUUGGAGGUGGACCAAUGCAGUACCCACACCUGGCCCCAACAUAUGCGGCCGUCAACUCCUUGUGUAUUCUCUCCAACAUUACAGACAGGGUCUUCAAUGUGCUCAAACAGGUCAGUUUAGAAAAGCUGUAUAAUUUUCUGAUGAGGAUGAAGACAAGAGACGGAGCUUUUCAAAUGCAUGAUGGAGGGGAAGUAGAUAUCAGGGGAGUCUACUGUGCCCUCAGCGUUGCCCGUCUGACCAACAUUCUGACAAAAGAGCUCUUGGAAGGUGUUUCUGAUUUUAUAAUCAGGUGCCAGACUUAUGAAGGAGGAUUUGCCGGAUACCCUGGACUGGAAGCCCACGGAGGUUACACUUUCUGUGGGAUUGCAGCGCUGGUUCUUUUGGGUCAUACUGAACGUUGUGAUCUCAGAUCCCUGCUGCGUUGGACUGCAAAUAGGCAAACACAACUUGAGGGCGGCUUUCAAGGUCGUACAAACAAACUCGUUGAUGGCUGCUACUCAUUUUGGCAGGGAGCUACGUUUCCUAUCAUCCACAUGAUCAGUUGUACCGAUGAUGAUGACCAGAAUUUGAGUGCCACUCGCUGGAUGUUUCAUCAGGAAGCUCUGCAAGAAUAUAUUCUCAUCUGUUGCCAGCACUCUUAUGGAGGACUGAUAGACAAACCUGGCAAAGCAAGAGAUCAUUACCACACCUGCUACUGUCUGAGUGGCUUAUCUGUGGCUCAGCACUUCUUGGGUGGACUUCUCAGCAAUGAUAUUGUCAUCGGAAACCCACAGAAUAGAUUGAGGCCAGUGCAGCCGGUGUACAACCUGAGCAUUGAUUCUGUCAUCAUGGCACAGCAGCACUUCAAUGCAAUGAUGCCGCCCGCUGGGAGAGCACAGGAAGAGUCCUCAGCUCCUGGCGGAUCAUAG